CUGCGGAGCGUCAUUCGAUAGCGUGUGAAUUUAUUAGCAUGUUGCAAAAAUAACUCACCGUUUAGAAAACCGCAGCCCCCCUAAAAGCUCUCCUUUAAAGAUGCCCGCCCUCCCGAGAAACCCUUCUUCAUUGACCAAAGAGCGUCUGGCAGAGGAACUCAGGAAAAACAAUAUUCCUGUGCCGAGAGGAAGGUCGAAGAAGGAAGUUUACGUGGACCUUUAUCGACGACAUCUCCUCGAAAAAGAAGCCUCAAGCGGCCCUCAGGCUCAGCAAGAGUGGACGUCCUACCGGAACAUGUCGGUCAACACUUCACCCAAGCUGGGGUUUUCUAGCGACGAGGAGGAUGAAGUUGUGGUUCAGAUCAGGAAGACGCAGGUGAAGAACGUGAACAACAACAGGAGUCAGAGGAAAGCAUCCAAGAAGGCCAACAGAAGCGAGUUUGAGGACCGUCUUGCUGAGGUGGAAGGGUUGUCAGACACUGACCUCAAGAGAGAACUGCAAAGUAGGGGGUUCAAACCCGGCCCGAUUGUAGCCACAACCCGGGCCGUGUACGAGAGGAAGCUGGCCGAUCUGUUGUUGCAGCCAGAGCAGGAGGGGGCGACAGAGGAAGACGAAGCAGACGGAUCCCAGGAGGAGAUGGUGAACGAGGGGGACAGUCAAGAGGACAAGGACCAGUACAGCGACUCGGACGUAGAUGAAAACACACCGGAUACGCUGCUUCUCACAGACAGCAGUGGAACACGUGAAUCAUUGUCCUCCUACAGAUCUUCAAGCUCCUACAAAUCCCAAGUCACGCGGCUCAUGGACCAGGAAUCCUCCUCCAAAACCAGGCAGCGCAGCGUCACCCCCAAGAGGAAGGCAGAGACUGCAUCCACAGUGACCCAGAAGACGGUGAUCAGUCAGAGGAAGGAGGAGAAGAAGGAGAGCAAGAAGCCGCUGAUCCCCAUCUGGCUCCAGAUCCUCAUCUUCCUCCUCGUCACUGCAUUCCUGGUCCUGGUCUGGUACAACAUGGAGACAGCCCAGUCCGGCAAAAACCUUGUCACAGAUGGUUGAGAGUAUUCUUUCAGCGGUUGUUACUUUGACGGUGACUGCGGUCCUCGUUUGGGAAAUGACUCUACAGAAUAAAAAAGUGCGUUUUUGCUGCGCUGAAAUGUAAAUACAUAGGUCCCGUGAACUCACAGUCUGAGUGCCAUAUCUGCUGUUCUACGGCUCCUACAUGGAGUUCAAUUAUGACUUCACCCGCUGCAUAUGAAACAGUAAAUGAACUCUAUGAUAAGGGCUCUGUGUUUGUAGUUAUCUUUAUUGUGCAACUCUACUUGUUUAUGUUCUUCUCCCCUCUGAAAGUGAUGAAUUGGGACAUAGAGAAAAUGCCUUUUCUUUGAGCAAGUUCCGUCAAUAACUGCAGUUUACCCGUUGUCAGACAGACUGUUUGAGUGCAGUAUAUGGGCAACAAGGGCUGAGCUAGUCUGCUGUUUGGAAACCCACCUUUUCAACCUUUUGUGAAUGCAGGCUUUUUCAGCAUACCUCAUGCAGAUUCAUAGAGAUUGAUAUCAAAAGUCUGGAUGCGCAGACCCAUACUUUGCUCUGAAGAGCAUACCUUGUAAAGCCCGGUUUCCAAAUGGUCGUAAUGAACGCUGACAGCACGCAAGACGUCAAGGCGCAAACGGUCAUGGAAGAGACGCUGUGUGACGUCAUUCCGCCCAAAAACUUCAACAAAAUGAGAGACAAAACUCGGGAAAUCUUUUGCAUAAAAUGCCUUUUUCAGGUGACAGUACCACCUCUUGAAGCCAAACUGAUACUCCAGUUGGAUGUAUUGUGCUUUUGGUCAGUUAUUUUGUUGACAAUUGGGGCUGCACACUUGAGUAAUAAGGAGAAAAUGGACAAAAUGAGUGCUACUAUGAGAGAGGGACAUCGCUGUAUGCCAGUCAUGCUAGCAUGGGUGUUUGUGGUGUGGGCUUACUCAGCGACUGGCUCCGGACGGUCGGUGAAGUCGAACCAGGUUCAGCUAUGCCAGUCCGUCUGGGGCUGGUUUGCUGUGUCUGGGUUUAUUGGCAACACUUCCGUUUGACAAGUUUCCAUAUGUCCGCAUUGCAGUUUGCAUCUUGAUUGCGUUGCUCUCUGCAUUUCUCACGUCGAAAUGGAAACCAGGCUUAAUAGCCCAAAUUUCAUUUCAGCGUUCUUGGCAGACUUGGAUUAUAAAUACGUGUACCUACACUGUACACCCCUACUGCUUUCAGAUAUCCCAGAAGUGCCCAUACAUGUAGCUUACCUUCACACUUUGGAUAUCACUUUCUUGUGUUCCGAUUCCCCUUCAACGCUUUCAGUUAUGAAUUGUACACGUACACUACUAGUGGUUGGUUUUCUAAUUUCCUUGACAGAAAAAGAGUUUCAAACUCGUAGCAGGUCAUAGGUAUUGAAAGAGUACAAGUGUACUUGAAAGGUUUUAUGUGUUAUUGCCAAUAACUGCAUUUUAACCGCUGUACAUUUCUCGGUGCGUCGGAGCAGAACGUUGUGUAUCACAACUGCCGCAAUCGGUUUAGGGUUAAAUGCAGCACAUACUAAUACCAUCAGACAGUUAAGGGUAGUUCUCUGCAAAACAGACAAUUGCUGGAGUGUUAUGUUAAGACCCUUACUUAAAUAUCCCAUAGUUUGUGAAUCGCGACGUGAUGAAAAUAAGCAACAGAGCCUCUGUGGACAAGACAUAAAUAACAGCAGGACAGAAGAAUCAUGGAUUACACAGAAUGCACUAUCACAACAGGCAAUUCAUUUGACCCUGAGGUGAAGGAUCAACCAGAGAAAGGCCAUGUCCGGGCCGUGUCCGGAUGACGUGGCUCACGGCUUGCAAAAUCACACCUGCUUAUAAGCAAUGGUUAAAGCCAGAUGCUCAUCGGCUUCUGAAAGUUGAAUGUGUAAUUUUCUGCAUUAGCCAUGUCAUUUGGACAUGCCAACCUGCUGAGAAGACCCUUCAUGAGCUGUUCUUUUUGAGAUGCAUCUGUGUUUUAAACAUGUAGUGUUUGUGGAUCCCGUUUUUUUCAGUGUCUUACAUAGUGUAGGGAUUUUAGAGUUAAUCUGUAGUUAUUUGACAGUUAUUCGAAUUUUACUGUGUGUCGAUAUAUGAGAAAUCAAAUUGUAUCUUAUAGAUGGGGAUUACAAGUCACAUGUUCCUUGGGAACAAUUUUAUUCUAGGAUUUUGCCCCCACACCGACAGAUUCGAGCUAGACACCCAAUCCCGGCAAACUCGGUGGUCAAGUACUUUAGACGUGUGCACAAAUAAGCAGGUCAUGGGUUUGAAGUUUGUGAUUUGUUUUUUCGAACUCUAGGACCAAAUUGGGAA